AUGGUUCGCCACAAGAAAGACUUCAAGGGCAAUAACAAGUUCAGAAACCCCGCGAAAGCACGCGCUCCUCCCCGCCCCCGCCGCGCAUCGGACGCAGAUGAGGAGAACGAUGGCGCCAUCUCAAGACCUGCGAAGCCGGAAUUCAAAGCUGCAUGCUGGGACCUUGGACACUGCGACGCCAAGCGCUGCUCUGGAAAGAGACUCAUGCGCCUGGGCAUGAUGCGCGAGCUUCAUGUCGGACAGAAGUUUGCAGGCGUCGUGGUUAGCCCGAAGGCGAAGAAGAUACUAAGCCGCGAAGACAAAGAUUUGAUGGAACAAUAUGGCGCCGCAGUCGUGGAAGCCAGCUGGAAAAGAAUAGACGAAGUUCCAUUCGGCAGAAUAGGUGGCAAGUGCGAACGCCUACUUCCGUACCUUGUCGCCGCAAACCCAACGAAUUACGGUCGACCGUGGCGAUUAAACUGCGUCGAAGCUCUUGCAGCAUGUUACUAUAUUACCGGACAUCCUGAGUGGGCCGAGUCGAUUCUGUCGACCUUCUCUUAUGGUCAGGCGUUCUUGGACAUCAACGCCGCGCUGCUCAAGCGUUACAUGGCGUGCGAGAAUGAGGAGCAAAUCAAGAAGGCCGAGGAAGUAUGGCUGGAGAAGAUAGAGCGCGAAUAUAACACGAGCCGAGAAGAGAAAGAGGAUGGCGUUGAGGAGGAUGUGUGGGCUGGUGGAAACAUGAACCGCAGGGUCAUCGAUGAAUCAGACGACGAUGAUGAUGAGGACGAGGGUGAUGAGGAAGACGGGGAGGAAGAUGAGAUUGACCCGCGAAACCCCUACAAUAUCCCGGAAUCUUCAGACGAUGAAGAGGAGAUGGCAGAGUUAAGGCGUCGCGUCCUGGCAUCGAAACCCUUCACCAACCCUACACCAAAAGAUGAAGAAAAUGACGACGACGAAAACGAGAAGAAGACACCCGAACGUAUACCCCGAACUGAACCUGCGCCAGAAAAUGCUAAGGCGGACCAGGAGGACGACAGCGAGCCUGCAGAAGGUGAUGCAGAUGAUGAUGAGUUCGACAGCUUCAUGGCGGCACAACCCACAACCGAUCGGACGGGGAUAGGAAGCAAGCAGAGAUCCAAGGCGAUGGACGGCAAGUACAAGGCGACUUUUUCGAGUGGCAGUGUAAAGGCACCAAGCGGGCGAGGCUAUCAGUGA